GGCUGCCCCCGGCACCCCAGCCAGAGAGACCACCAGGUGCCUGCCCCUUUACUGGUGCUCCUUCCUGCCCUUGGCUGAUGUCUGCCCGGCUGACCCUGUCCAUCUUCUCCUCCCCAGGUGACCAGGCAUUGAUGCACCCCCAGGGAGGCCGCGCGCUCAAGGAGGCCACCCCCGCUGGCUGCUGCGCACAUGGUUUCUGGGCCCCUGGCACUCCGGUGGUACGCGUGGGCGGGGCGUGGGGACAUGGGGCCCGACAUGGAGCUGCCCAGCCACUCCAAGCAGCUCCUGCUGCAGCUGAACCAGCAGAGGACGAAGGGCUUCCUGUGUGAUGUCAUCAUCAUGGUGGAGAACUCCAUCUUCCGUGCUCACAAGAACGUCCUGGCUGCCAGCAGCAUCUACUUCAAGUCCCUGGUCCUGCACGACAACCUCAUCAACCUGGACACGGACAUGGUCAGCUCCACGGUGUUCCAGCAGAUCCUGGACUUCAUCUACACGGGCAAGCUGCUGCCCAGUGACCAGCCGGCCGAGCCCAACUUCAGCACUCUCCUCACUGCCGCCAGCUACCUCCAGCUGCCCGAGUUGGCAGCGCUCUGCCGCCGUAAACUCAAGCGAGCCGGCAAGCCCUUCGGCUCCGGUCGGGUGGGCGCCACCGGCAUGGGGAGGCCGCCCCGCAGCCAGCGGCUGUCCACAGCCUCCGUCAUCCAGGCGCGGUAUCCGGGGCUCGUGGACGGACGAAAGGGGGCCCACACCCCCCAAGAGCUCCCCCAGGCCAAAGGCUCGGAUGACGAGCUCUUCCUCGGAGGCUCCAGCCAGGAGGGUGUGCAUGGCCUGGGCCGGGCCGUCUGUCCAGCCAGCGGAGGGGAGGCUGGCCUGGGCAGCUGCAGCACCAAUGGGAGCAGCGGGGGCUGUGAGCAGGAGCUGGGCCUGGACUUGUCCAAGAAGAGCCCUCCCCUGCCUCCCGCCACCCCUGGUCCCCCCCUGACCCCUGACGACUCGGCCCAGCUGAGUGACAGUCAGCAUGGCUCGCCCCUCUCAGCCUCCGCCCCUCCUGUUGCCAACAGUGCCUCUUACGCUGAGCUGGGGGGCACCCCCAAUGAGCCCAUGGACCUGGAGGGGGCCGAGGACAACCACCUGAGCCUGCUGGAGGGGCCCGGCGGGCAGCCCCGGAAGAGCCUGCGGCACUCGGCCCGCAAGAAGGAGUGGAGCAAGAAGGAGCCCAGGGUGGGGUCCCCCUUCGAGCGGAGGGAAGCGGGGCCCAAGGGCCCCUGUCCAGGGGAAGAGGGCGAGGGGCUAGGGGACAGGGUUCCCAAUGGCAUCCUGGCCAGCAGCGUUGCGGGGGGUGGCCCCAGUGGGCCCUACGUGGAGCCCCCGUACCCCUGCAAGGAGGAGGAGGAGAACGGCAAGGACGGGAGUGAGGACAGCGGACAGAGUGGGAGCGAGGGGGGCAGCGGGCACGCCGGCACGCACUACGUGUACCGACAGGAGGGCUACGAGACCGUGUCCUACGGGGACAACCUGUACGUGUGCAUCCCCUGCGCCAAGGGCUUCCCCAGCUCGGAGCAGCUCAACGCCCACGUGGAGACACACACGGAGGAGGAGCUGUUUAUCAAGGAGGAGGGUGCCUACGAGACGGGCAGCGGGGGCGCCGAGGAGGAGGCUGAGGACCUGUCGGCGCCCAGCGCGGCCUAUGCGGCCGAGCCCCGGCCCUUCAAGUGCUCGGUCUGCGAGAAGACCUACAAGGACCCGGCCACGCUGCGGCAGCACGAGAAGACGCACUGGCUGACCCGGCCUUUCCCCUGCAACAUCUGCGGCAAAAUGUUCACGCAGCGUGGCACCAUGACGCGCCACAUGCGCAGCCAUCUGGGCCUCAAGCCCUUCGCCUGCGACGAGUGCGGCAUGCGCUUCACCCGCCAGUACCGCCUCACCGAGCACAUGCGCGUGCACUCGGGCGAGAAGCCGUACGAGUGCCAGCUCUGCGGGGGCAAGUUCACCCAGCAGCGCAACCUCAUCAGCCACCUGCGCAUGCACACCUCCCCCUCCUAGAAGCCAAAGACCCUGCUCCCCGGCCCGAGGCUGCCCUCUGCAGACUCGCCCUCGGGAGCC